CCAUGAGGGAGGUCGAAGCAGGGCAAGAGGACGCUAGUGCGACGGCCUCGACCUCAGCGGGCGAGACCGCGCUGUCGGAGAUGAAUGCAGCGUUUGCUAGCUGUCUGUCGCUUGUAUGUCCACCCAUCCAGUACCCUCCGCACUGCCGGUUUAAUCCGGUUCGCGACGCGGCUGACACGGCGGAGAUCGAGGCGCGUCUGGAGGAGUUUUUCCUACACGCGAAGCAGCUAGAGCAGCUGUUCCUGAACGACACGGCAGAUAGCUUGUCCUCUAUUAGUCUAGAGACGUCCACUGCAGAGUCAGACGCAGAAGUUGCGGGUGGACGCCAGCAGCAGAGCGAGCUGGAGCUGGAGAUUCUCAACCUCGAGGCGGAGCUGGCGGAGAAGAACGACCUGAUCGAGAAAUACACGGACGUGGUGCGCGGUUGGGAGGGCAAAUUCAAGAGAUUGGACCAUCGAAUGUCGCCGGACAGGGAGUAAAGAGCGGAAAUUUUAACAGACGAAUCCAAUUGGAAAGCUAGCUGCAUGUUCAUGUCGUAUCUAACCCAAACAUGCAUAGAGAAGCAGGCAAUAGAGAGCUUACUGAAGCGGCUCCCAGGCCUUGAGCAGUACAGCGGUCUGCUCUGGACUGCGGACGGCGAUGCGCACGAACGUUGGGAGGUUGUAGCCGGGCUUGCCGCUACGCACAGGGACGCCGUGCUCCUUGGCCAGCUUGCAGGCCUCUUCGCUCGUGGCGA